ACCGAAUCAGACAGCCCUGCUAAUUGGACUUGAAUCCUCUGCAUGCCCUUGGGGAAAGGUGGGUGCCUCUCAGAUAAGCAAUUUAAUCAGCUUUGUGCUUGUGUCCCAUCUGGAAACAGAUUGGUGCUGAAGUACAUCUGAGAAGCGAGUGCGUUCACUUUUUUUUUUUUUUGAAGAUAAUUGUACCAACAAAAUCAGAGAGUGUGAAUUUGCCUGAGGUGCUAAGAUCUCUUUAUUUUUAUUCGUAAUUAAUUCGUCCAGCCAAAGUGCGUUUAUGCCAGAAUGCAGUCUCUGAACAAGAAGGGGGACUGUGUUGCCGGCGCAGCGCAUACGCAUGGUGGCUACUCUGCGGAGCGACUGCUUAGACAGAGGACCAUGAGCCACUCGAGACACAUGGGCAAGAUAAGAAAAAGGCUGGAGGACAUCAAGAACCAGUCCCUUAAGUUGACUAAAGCGGAUUUCAGCCACAAUGAGAGUAUAAGGCUGGCCACGGACGCCUUCUUGGAUGGUGGGACAGACUCUUAUCUCGAAACCUUAGACAAAGAAGGAGAGGUGGAUUUCCUCUCCUCCGUGGAAGCUCAGUACAUCAGGGAAAAUGCCAAGGAGUCUUACUAUGCACACGACUCUGCCACCGACGGGGCAGCUGUGCCCAAGCAGACCGACGCGGGAUCCCUCACGUCGGGCACCUACUUCCCAACCAUUUCUGACAGCAGCGAACCGGCUCUGCUGCACACAUGGAUUACCGCAGAAAAGCCCUAUUUAAAGGAAAAAUCCACUGCCACUGUGUAUUUCCAAACAGAGAAGAACAGCAACAUCAGAGACAUCAUACGCCGGUACAUCAACAAGACCACUCAGGUGCUAGCUAUCGUGAUGGACGUGUUCACGGACACCGAGAUUCUCUGUGACCUCCUGGAGGCGGCCAACAAGCGCAUGGUGUUCGUCUACCUGCUGCUCGAUCACGGCAACAUAAAGCUCUUCUCUGAGAUGUGUGACAAGCUGCAGAUUGCUGAGGGCCUCUUCAAGAAUAUUUCAGUCCGCAGUGUUACUGGAGAGGUUUACUGUGCCAAAUCAGGCAGAAAAUUUGCAGGACAAAUACAAGAAAAGUUUCUUAUUUCUGACUGGAGAUAUGUGCUCUCUGGAUCUUACAGCUUCACGUGGUUGUGCGGCCAGGUCCACCGCAACCUCCUCUCCAAGUUCACUGGCCAAGUGGUCGAGCUGUUUGACGAGGAGUUUCGCCACCUGUACGCGCUGUCGAAGCCGGUGAUGGGACCCAAGUCUCCGACCCGCACCGUGCCCUUCCUGCUCAGCAAGGCCUGGGCCCUGCAGCGCAGCCCCCCUGACAGCAGCCCGGGAAGCGCCAACACCCUCUCGGAUCCCUUCAGCAGCCUCUCGGCUGGCAGCACCCCUCAGAUCAAGCAAACCCCAAGAACUCCCUUGUUCAGCAGCAACUUCACCCCCCAGUCUCCUCUCCGUAGAGUUAACUCCUUCCACAACUAUGUCUCCUUCACACCACCGCCACCACAGAAGACCAUCCCAGCUAACUACUAUCAGCCCCACUACGAUACCGCCAUGGUUCUCUAUAACAACAUGAACAUUUACAGACCUAUACGGCUUAGACAAGAGGAUCCGAACAGGACAGGGUUAAGCUCGUCUUGGAGGUGCCUUCACAAAACUAACCUGUUUGUGUAAUAACCACCUUGUUUUGAAUUGCAAGUAAAUGUAGCAAGGACCUGUUUAGCAAUUGCUUCUGUACUGAUGAAUAUAGAAAUUCUGUAUAAUAUAAAAUGAGGAUGAUUUCAA